AUGACAACGACUAUCCAGAAUCUACCGACGGCCAUCAUUCCAGACGUGAUGAGACAUCUUACGAUGACAGAUCUUCGCAGCUUCCGCCUCACCUGCAAGUGGGCAGAGAACGAGCCUUUCGUGCCCUUCGCUCGGUAUGGAUACAGUUCACCUUGGUCGAGGCAAAGUAAGGCGACGAUCCAAGCACUCAUGGGUGUCAUUGAUCGCAGCGAGCCGUUGGCGAAAGCGAUCAAAUUCGUCGAGCUUCGCUGGUUCACUCAAGGGGCAAGGAGAUGCUGGUCUCUCAAUGACUCCAUCUUCAAGAACGCUGGCGAAGACGGAACAGGUCCUGGUGUUGCAGAGAUCUUUUCUCGUCUGCCCGGGCUGACAACUCUACGGCUUCUCAACCUACACGGCUCGAAAUUAGUAGCCUCGAUCUACAAGGCACGUGUAUCGAGGUCACGGAGCUUCGGCAUCUCUCUGCCAUCGGAUACUUGGCUUGACCUGUUUCUCCUGUUGCAAGAGGUGUCGCACCGUAUGAAUCAUCUCUAUUGCAGCUAUGUGGACGAUGAGCGAGGGGAGCGCUUCUGGUUCGAGGGCGUCGGGCGUGCUGGGAGGCCGAAGUGCUACAAUCUCGGUAAUCGGGGAGGCCAGUACCAGACAAUGUAUUUCAAGGGGUGGGCCGUGACGCUGAAUGGUACACUUGGUGUCCAGAAGGGCUUGGGGAUGAUCGUGGGGAAUCUGCAGGCAUGA